CAGAGUGCGGUUCCGAUUGUGCAGAGCAGGACCUAAAUUAGAUUUCCUCUUUGCCUACUCUUUCCUCAUUCCUGUUUUGGGAAAGAAAAAAAACCACCGCUGCAGAGAUUAAAGCAGAAACUUAGCAUGGCAUCUGCAAGCUCUUCACAGUCAACAUUCAGGCUGGGCCGCACUAAGAAGAACCCAACUGUUAUGGAUCAGAUCGGAAAGUUCUUUGGAGGGGAUAAAAAGAAGAAGGGAAAGGGGUCUUUUCGUGGUGGUUUAUCUGGAUCACCUCAAAGAUCAAGCGCAUCUCCUCGUCGCCGUCCAGAUGAGAAUGCUGUCGUGCACUUUUUCAGAAACAUUGUUUCUCCCUCUACCCCCAAAUCUAGGAAAGAGCAGAAAUCCCAGAGCUCCACCAAAGGCCAGAAGGGACGUGGAGACUCCUUAACCCGCAUCUUCAAAUCGGGAGGAAGCAAGUCUGCUUCAUCCACCAAGCGUUGAAACCUCAUUACCUUUUCCCAUUCAAAGAUAAAGAGGAUGGAAAACGAAUGCAAAAAGUUUUUUUUUUCCUAAUACAGUAACAUUGACAUGAAAAGGCUUUCGCAUUGAUGUUAAACCUGUCUUCUGAAUUAUUCCUGUUUAGUCUUGUCAAACGUGUAUUGACAUAGUUGUGUAUGUUUGAUCUUAGAAAGUGUUUUGUCUGGUCUCUGUAGUGUCAAUACUUACCUCUACACAGCUGAAGUGUAAACCGUUCCUCUCUUAGCAUGUUGUGUAUUAGACCUCAUGUGUGUUUUCUGUACCGUUUAUAUGUUGAUGAACUGUCUUCUUCACACUGUGUGAUGGGAUUUGCCAGGAGAUGGUCUGCAUCCCAUAAUGCAUAAUUCAUGUUCUGACAUCCACAAUGUAUAUUAUACUUCCACACACAAACAAACUGUUCUUAAAAUGUGUGUUUGGAUCCGGAGGUUUCUAAUGAAUUUGGUAACCAUAGAUUGAGUUAGUUUGAGUAUGACGGUCUGAUUCUGUGUCCUUUGGGCAUCAUAUUUUGAGCCUUCAUUCAUUACAGUAUUCAUUCAAAAACAAAUGGAAAAAGGGGUCUUAUUUAAACUAAAUAAUAUUUGACGUCUUCUGUGUUUGUUACAUCUAAUUAAUGGCGACAAUUAAAAGUUUGAAACUUUUUUA